AUGACUUCGGGCAAACGCAUUGUAUUUACUGGCGGUUCUGGAAAGGCUGGCAGACAUGCUAUCCCAGAGCUUAUCAAAAAGGGUCACCAAGUCUUGAACCUUGACUUGAUCGACUUCCCUGGAACCGAUCACAAUAUCUUCACCCUCAAGACCGAUCUCACCGACAGCGGGCAGGUCUUCAAUGCCCUCACCACCCAUUUCGACUUUGCCGGCUACGACGACACCAAGGUCCCUCAACCUCCAGAUGUUGUCAUCCACUUUGCCGCCUACGCUCGCAACAUGCUCGUCCCAGAUAAUGAGUGCUUCAGAGGCAACGUGACAGCAACUUACAACGUAAUUGAAGCCGCCUGCAAACUCGGUGUCAAGAAGAUCAUCAUCGCCAGCUCCGAGACCACUUACGGAGUUUGCUUUGCCCAGGGUGAUGUUGAUUACCACUCUUUCCCUUUGGAAGAAGAAUACGAUGUCGACCCUAUGGAUACCUACGCCCUGUCAAAAAUCUGUGGUGAGCGUACCGCAAGAGCCUUUUCUCGCAGAUUCAACCGCGAUAUCUACGUGUUGCGCAUUGGCAAUGUGAUUGAACCUCACGAGUAUGAGAGAGACUUCCCCACCAUCGUCGGCAAGCCGGAGACCAGAAAGCGAAAUGCAUGGUCCUACAUCGAUGCCCGCGAUCUUGGUCAGAUCUGCGAUUUAUGUAUCAAAAAGGAUGGGUUGGGCUUCGAGAUCUUCAAUGCGACCAACGAUACCAUCACUACUACUACACCGACCGAGGAGUAUCUGAAGAAUGUGUGUCCUAACACGCCAUUCACUCGCAAGAUGGGCGAGUUCGAGGCACCUUUGAGCAACCGCAAGAUCAAGGAGGUCUUGGGCUUCAAGGAGGAGCACAAUUGGCGUCAGUACUACAAGCCCGAGUGA